AUGUCAGAUUGUCAGACGGAGAACGAGACCAGGACUAAAAUGGACGCAGCGAGUAUGAUCAGAACUGUGAAGGCAUGUAUUCCGCCGUUGGACGGUAGUAGUCACAAAGGUCAAGCUGGUCGAAUCGGAGUUGUAGGGGGGUCGUUGGAGUACACUGGAGCCCCUUAUUUUGCGGGAAUAAGUGCGCUAAGAGUGGGAGCAGACUUGGUGCACAUAUUCUGCACAAAUCCAGCAUCAACAGUGAUCAAGUCUUACAGCCCAGAGUUGAUAGUGCACCCUAUUUUGGACAGACCAAAUGCAGUCUCAGAAAUAUCGCCCUGGCUGGAUAGACUUCAUGCUGUAGUCAUUGGCCCAGGACUAGGCAGAGAAGCAAAAACAUUUGAAGUUGUCACGGAAUUACUUAAAACAAUACAAACUAAAAAUAUACCCCUAGUUAUUGAUGCUGAUGGUUUAUUCUUGAUUACUGAAAAGCCAGAUUUGCUAAAGGAGUUUACAUCUCCAGUUAUUCUUACACCAAACAAGAUAGAAUUUGAAAGACUUUGUAACAAAUUCAAUGGAGUGUCUGGACUGAGUCGGUUGGGAGCAAAAGUAACUGUUUUUAAAAAAGGACAGGAAGAUGAAGUUUUCAGCCCAAUUGCAGAAGCACAAUGGAAGUCAAGUACAGGAGGUUCUGGCCGUAGAUGUGGUGGUCAGGGCGACCUGCUAUCUGGUGCAAUUGCAACCUUCCUACACUGGACAUUAGCUAGUUUGAACAACAUUGACACAGAUUCAGAUAAAAGUAUGAUGGCUGCAUCUUUAUCUUGCUAUGCAGCUUCCAAACUAAUACGGUCAUGUAAUGAGAAUGGCUUUAAAGUAAAAGGACGAAGUAUGUUGGCACAUGAUAUGAUUGAAUAUAUACAUGUUUCUUUCGAAGAUUUAUUUGGACAGUGAUAAUUUUCACACUGUCAAUAAUGUAAUCAUACCUAUUUACAUUGAGUAUAUAACCUGAAAUAGAGACGAAAUAAGGGCCAUAUAUUUCUGGUAACACCUUAGCAAUACAGCUCUUAUAAAUAUCAACUCCCA